UAGACCGUUCGUCUCCACUACAGCAGAUGGCACUGUCAUGUCAGCACGACGAGGACGAAACAUUACGCCUGACGUCAUGACGCUUCUUUAACUUUGAGCGGGGAAAUAUUGAAACGGACGGAGCGCCGCGAUCUGAGGAAUUUCUACUUUUCAGCGAAAUGUCGAAACGAAAGCAGUUUCUGGACUCUGUCCAUCAUGAGCACGUCCAGGAUUUUCUGAACUUCAUCAGAUUACAUAAGGAUGGAGCAGAUCCGUUUGACCUGACAGAGGUUUUGGCGGAGCUGCAGAGGAGUCAGAGGCAGGAGCUGUGGGAGAGACAGCUGAAGUUACUGCAGCACAGCCUCACUGCUUACCCUCCAGAGCGCUGGAUCACCGGGGCUGAGGAGGAUGCGGGCGACAUGGAGGUGGAGAUUUCUGAGGAACAGAUACAAACCAUGGCAGUAAUAGAGGGUGUCACCAUUGUGUCUACAGUUUCUGUAGACAUUUUGCAGGAAAAUGACACUUAUACCUCUCUUCUCAACUGUGCCCAUAUGCUAAACUGUAUAGAGAGUGCUUUGCCACUGUCUCACACACCCCUCCAGCAGGCUAUUCAUUGGCUGUUUGAAUGCUGGUGGAAGCGGGAUCUCAAUGGGAAAGAGGAGCUUGGUUGGACUGCUUUCCUUGUCUGUUUGGAGAACACCGUUACACUUGAGAAACCGGUCAGUGAGCUCAGAAGGCUCUGUACUCUGCGAGAGGUACUUCUCAGUGUGGACUUUGCAUCUGAAAGAGGUCAGCAGGUCAUUGAUCCUCUGCUCCAGUGCUUCUUCAAGGCCUCUCAUAUUAAACAAGAAGAGGGGAAACGGUUCCUCGCCUUCCUUUUUUCUUGGAAUGACAACUUCAUUCGGAUGAUUCAUGAAACUAUUAAGAAUCAGCUGCCGUUUUUCCCAAAAACUCUGUCUGUUCAUGUGGCUGAGAUUUACUUCAGAGCAUGGAGGAAGGCUUCAGGUCCUUCUCUGGAGGAGAUUGAGUCCACCUGCAUCCAGGACUUAAUGCAGAACGCUGUGUUGCUGCACAGAAACUCACCUGUACACAGCAAAGUCAGACAGAUCCUUACUUAUUUCCACAAGCAGAAGUUUCGCGAGGGAAUUGAUGAGAUGCUACACAGACUCUACAAGCCAAUUCUGUGGAAAGCAUUAAAGGCCACUAAUGCCGAGGUUCGUGCCAAUGCCACACUGCUCUUUACUGAGGCUUUUCCCAUCCACGACCCCAGCAUGAGCAGUGAGAUGGUUGACCAAGCUGUUCAGAAACAACUCGAUUUACUGUUUGCUCUCCUUGAUGACCCCCAGCCCCUCGUGCGUUCUUCAGCAGUGCUUGGAGUUUGUUCUGUUCUAGGUCGUUGCUGGGAGGUCAUCCCCUCCACGGUCAUCACUGAUCUCCUGGAGAAGCUCAUCCUGCAACUAGCUAAUGAUACAAGCUCUCCAGAUGUCCGCUGCUCCGUCUUCAUGUGCAUGUCUAUAAUUCUGGAUAACAGUUUAAGCCAUCCACUCAUGGAAAAACUGUUGCCUGCAUUGAAGAGCAGCCUCCAUGACAGCUCUGAAAAGGUGCGUGUUGCCUUUGUGGGCAUGCUCCUCAAGAUCAAGGGUGUACGGGCAGCCAAGUUUUGGAAAGUUUGUUCCCUUGAGCACCUGCUGGCUCGAUUGGAGAUGGACUCUCCUCCUGUCUCUAAACGAAUUGUCAACCUCCUUUUCAACUCAUUCUUUCCAGUCAACCAACCAGAGACUGUCUGGUGUGAGCGAUGCGUCACCCUGAUUCAAACAAAUCCUGGAGCUGCUCGCAAGUUUUACCAGCAUGCCUAUCUGUACACGGCUCCUGCUAAUAUAGUCAAGCUGAUGCUGGUGAUCCGAAAGUGUCUGAAUGUGUGCAUUCAAAAUGCAGGAGAUGAUGAAUUUGCAUCUAGCAAUAAAGAAAACAGCACGAUGUUGGAGGAUGUUCUCUCAGUGCAGGACACUGCCUCCAUGGCCAGCCUGCUGGAGAUCCUCGUCAUUCUGUGGAAAAGUGUUCAGAAAUCACUCAUGGCUAACCAAGAGGCCUUCAAGUACACCACAUCAAAGUUUGCAUCUGUUCUGCCCCAGUAUCUUAAAAUCUUUCAGGAGGAGCGGUGUAAAGCCCCUCUCAUUCUUCUAGCCUCUCUACUUCCUGCCACUGCUGUUCCAGCUCUGAGGAGUAAAGUGAUGUCUAACUUGAGGAGUUUGAAAGCGGGCACCGCUGUGGCGGCAUACAGUCAGUCGGUGGAGUGUGUCUGUAGCUGGGGGCAGAUCAGCCAUAUUGUGGAGCUGAUAGAGAACUGGCUCACGGAGGCCGCACCUGUGAAAGUGCAGGGUGAUGAAGAUACGACGGGCAAAGUGCAUUUUGAUGGGCUAGAUGAGUCAAAGCCAGAUCUGGGCCUGGACUAUCUGGAUUAUCUGCUCCUGCGCCCUAAAACACGAGACUGCCUUCUCACGCUGCCGCUGGAUCAGAUCAGACCACUCCAUAAAGCCCUCAACAAAUGGAAGUUGCUGCUAUUCUCCUCUCUGAGUGGAUCAGAGGUCAGUGGGGCAGUCAUAGAGACAGCACUGAGAGCUUUUGUCGUCCACGGCAGACUUAGUAUCCACCUUCAACACAAAUACCCAGAGGAGCGGGAGUUCCUCAAAUCCCUGGAGCAAUCUGUGUCCUGGGUAGAGAAGAAAGUGCUUCCUUUCCUGGCUAACUCCAGCAGUGAGCAACAGCUGUAUUUAAGCAGGAAGACAGUAGAAAGUUCUUUAACGGUGUGCAAGAAUGUGCUGCAGGUUUCUGUAGGAGACAAUGAUUUCAGAGACCACUUACUGCAGCAUGUUGCCUCUGUACUGCAGACAGAGAAAGGAUACAUAUGCACUCCUCAUGUGCUUGCUCUGCUUACUGAGGUGGCACAGGGCUGCCUUUCCCAUAAAGCUGAGGGGCAGGAAGAUCAACUGUCACUCACUAUUCGCAUUUUGACCAACAUCUUCCAGAAAAUUGUGGAGAUCAUAGCACAUCGACUGCGUAAAGACAAGGAAGAGGGUCAGGAGCUGUGUGUCUCUUCUGAAGAAGCUCUCCAUGACUUCCUGCUGGUGACUAAGUUUACAACUGAGAGGUCAGAGUUUAUCACAGGAGUCUUCUCAUCACUCUGUGCAGCAGUUAUUAUUGAUAUCAGCCGCACCUUGCAGAAGAUCUCUCAUGUGGAAGAGGUGUUGACACCAGAGACAGUUAAUGACCUUCCACCUCUCUCAAACACCAUACUCAAAGUGACGCUCAGAUCUCCUGCUGUUAUCAGGUUUUUUCUGUCUGAAAUGAGCUCCUCUAUAGAGUCAGAGGCUAUUGAUAGUAUCACACAAUGGGCUGCAGUUACACACAUUCUGACCAUCAUCAAACAAUCUGAUGCAUUUGUUGUGGAGUUGAAGGAAAUCGCUGUGUCUGUACGCAGACAAAUACAGAACCAUUACAACAUCUCUGCAGAAAACUCUGACAAUAUUCAGAGGACCGUCUAUGAAUCGACUAUCAUGAUGCUGAAUGACAUCCUAAAUCCAUGCCAAACACCAAACCGUUAAACGGGCAAGCUGAUAGCUAAGAGCUUUUGCAUACUCCCACAAAAUCCAUUAUUCCCUUUUUUGUUUUCUCAUCUUUAUAUUGUUGCAUGUUUUUUGCUUUUUGUUUUUCACUCUACAUAUGGAUGGAUUUGAUAUACAAGGACAUGCACUAUAUAAGCAAGACUUCCAUAAAACUUCAUCUUGGUUCACUAUAAGCAAAGUGCUCAAACUCUCCAUCACCCUUGAUGCUUCGUCAUUUCAUUUUCUUUUGUACAGUUUCAAACAGUUGUGUUCUUGCAUUGCAUUGAUAGGUUGUAAUCUUCUCAAUCUUCUCAAAGUCUUUUAUUUUUAAAACAUUUUAAAACUUUUUAAGUGAAUCUGGUGUCUUAAGAUGAUGAGGUUCUUUAUUUCAUCAAAGGGUCUUUGAUGAAAUAUGUCCCCUCCCAUUUACAUAUUCUGCUUUAUUAUACUUAGAUCCAACUAGAGUGACGUGUUUUCAGAGAUCAUACUUCUACUUUUUCCCUAUCAAACUGUAGAAAUGUACAGACAAGUAAUUACUAAACGUGUCUGAGUUAUGAAUAUAUGAUCGAAAAUUUCUAUACAGUAUCCCAGUCUAAAAUCAUGGUGUGAAAUAAAGAAAAAGCACAUAAAAUUUAGAUUUGUAAAAAAAAAGUGUGGAUUUGUGUUGAAGUUGAGACUAAAUGUUUGGGUGGAUUGACAUCUACCGAUUUGACAGUGACAAUAUUGUUCUUACAAUACUCUUUUUCUCCAUUUUGAUUUCUGCUUUGAUUUUGUUUAUUCACAUAACCGCCCUAUUAAAACUCUCUCCCUUGUUUUAAUUAA